AUGUUCAAGUACUUAUUUGGCUCGAAUGAGGAUCUGACGACACCCUUGACAAAUGAACCAACGAUAGAUUACAACAACACUAUUCAUACGAUAGCAUCAGAAAGAAACAGACUUUCGGCGUCCCGUUUCAACACUGAGUCACGAAGCAACAGUAAUUACGUGCUCGAUUAUUCGGACGACGAGCUUGACUCGGAAGAAGAAUUGACUCGAGACUUCCAGCGCAUUCUGCGAAAUUUAACCAGAUCUACAGAAAGCAUACGUGAUUGGGACCUUCCCACCAACCAUUCGCUUCCGACGAACUAUCCUGGUAAGUUCCCGAAAUCUACGCGGACGCAGGAAGCCCAAGUUAGUAACGGGGCCCAUAAAGGUGCUGGCACUUAUGGAGACCAUGUUUCUAGAACAUAUGAACCGUUAUCUGACAGAGUUCCGUCAGCGGACUACCUGGAAAACUUCAUAGAAAAGAGUGACACUACAGAGCAGAUAGCCAAGCUCGAGCAAGAAAUAAAUGAAGAACUUCGGAGCUCCCGCAAGCGUACUAAAACAGACGGAAUCCAGUUGGAUUCGGUCAUCCUAAAGGUCAAGCAGCAGAAUCAGUUCUUACUGAAUUUGAACGAGUUGAUCGACAUCAACAAUAACGACCAAGAAAUCGACAACAUACCAAGCAGUAUCCUCCGUAAGUACCAAGCCUUGAAGGAAGCUUACAUCAAAGAGUUGAACAACUCGCAAAUCUUUUACAAGGGUUAUUACAAGCUUAUCGGCAAAUACAGGCAGCUCAAGAAUGCUGGAAAUGGUGUCAGGUCUUCCGCGCCAGACGUAAACACCUCCAAAUCGGGAUUCUUCAUCAAGGAGAAAGUGCGGUUGAUCAAGUCGUCUACGAAGGAAGAGAAUAUCAAAUUAAUUUGCGUAAAUAUCCUACGGGAGCUAGAUGCUAUGGAAGAUAAGGACAAGACCAUCGCAAAAUACAAGCAGGAUUUGGACGCAGCCAACGAGCGCAUUCGCCAGUUGGAACUCCAGGCACAAUCCAAGUGA